CUCUCACUCUCGAUCUCUCUAUCUCUAUAGCAUAUACUCUCAGCAGCUCAGCCCCUACUGUGUCGCCUCCUUCCUUCCUCUCUGUCUCCUCCCUCCGGCGACUGCCCAAACGAACGGAACGGAACAGCCCAGCCUCUUCCUCUCUGUCUCUCUCCUCAUCUCCUCCUCUUCCUCUCUCGCUCGCUCCUCACUGUUCCUCCGAAACGCUUCUUCCUACACCCAAAUAUGCAGGCCAGUGAUAGGUUCAAUAUCAAUUCCCAGCUUGAACAUCUUCAAGCGAAAUAUGUUGGUACUGGGCAUGCUGACUUGAACAGAUUUGAAUGGGCAGUGAACAUUCAACGUGAUAGCUAUGCAUCCUAUGUUGGACAUUACCCACUUCUGGCUUACUUUGCUAUUGCUGAAAACGAAUCCAUUGGAAGAGAACGCUACAACUUUAUGCAGAAAAUGCUUUUGCCAUGUGGGCUUCCGCCUGAAAGAGAGGACGACUGAGAAUCUCCGACGAGAGAUCAAGCUGAACUGUUUUUAAUCUCUGGUCUUCUUCAGGCUCUGCAGGUUCCAUUUCCAUUUGGGAUAUCUGUAUAUCUGUUGCAUUGAAGCAGUGAUUAUAUUUGACAUUAAAUAGGAUAUUGAAUGCUGAGAUUGAUUUCUUUCUUGUUUGUGAAUUUCUUAUCAUUAGUUUAAGUAGUCCAGACUUGUACUUUUGGAUUCUAUGUCUUUCGGAUAGGUUUUGUCUAACUUCCCUUGGUCUUCUUGUUCUUCAAAUUUCAAGUAAACUGUUCACUUCUGGUGUAGAACUACCAAUGAGCAAAUGAGUAGAAAAUAUUGACUGAGGUGAUUUUGAUGGCAUCA